AUGGCAGUGAACUGCUCGGAUGCGGCGACAAUCGCGCGGCAGGUGGUGCGCGCGGCGCAGGGCUUCGAGGCCCAGGCGCCCGAGGACACUGCCGGCCGACCGGAAGCUUCUGCAGAGGAGCUGCCGCUGCGCCGCACGACCUGCUUCUGCAAAGCAGUGGUGACUCAAGUCCGCGGUGAUCCAGCUGCGGCCUCAUUUUGCCAUUGCUCCGUGUGCAGGAGCCUCUCUGGCGCCCCCUUCGUGGCCAGCGCCAUCUUCCUGCCCGAGCGGGUGCAGAUAGGUGAUGGUGAGGGUGGUUCGGCAGACUUGGUGGAGCUUCAAACCUCGAAGCAGGUGACGCGGCUUCGCUGCAAGCGCUGCUUCGCGCCCGUGUGCGCCAAGCUGGGCCGACGUUUCCUGGCGCUGCCCCUGACAGGCUUCGCCCCACUGCCUGCGGGCUGGAAGCCCACGCAUCACUUGCGCUUCGGCAAGUUUUGA